UUUAAUGAACCAGUGAAGAACAAAAGAAUAGAAGAACUUCUUGAACCGCAAAUGGUAAUUUCUGUGCUUACUACACAGGUCAUUUCUUCUUUGACGGCUUCUUUGAGGUUUGAUGGAGCCCUGAAUGUUGAUGUGAAUGAGUUCCAGACAAAUCUUGUACCCUAUCCCAGAAUCCAUUUUAUGCUUUCUUCCUAUGCUCCGGUCAUUUCAGCUGAGAAAGCUUACCACGAGCAGCUCUCAGUUGCAGAGAUCACAAACAGCGCAUUUGAACCCUCUUCUAUGAUGGUUAAGUGUGACCCUCGUCAUGGCAAGUACAUGGCCUGCUGCCUCAUGUUCCGUGGUGAUGUUGUGCCAAAGGAUGUCAACGCUGCUGUGGCCACCAUCAAGACCAAGCGUACUAUCCAAUUUGUCGACUGGUGUCCUACUGGUUUCAAGUGUGGUAUCAACUACCAACCACCUACUGUGGUUCCAGGAGGCGACCUUGCCAAGGUGCAAAAAGCUGUGUGCAUGAUCUCUAACUCAACUAGUGUUGCAGAGGUUUUCUCUCGCAUUGACCACAAGUUUGAUCUGAUGUAUGCCAAGCGUGCUUUUGUGCACUGGUACGUUGGUGAGGGUAUGGAGGAAGGUGAGUUCAGUGAAGCCCGUGAGGACCUUGCUGCUCUCGAAAAGGAUUACGAGGAGGUUGGUGCUGAAUUGGAAGAUGAAGAUGGCGGCGAUGAAGGAGAUGAGUACUGAUUGAAUACACUGUGGUGUGUGAUGUGUUUGUCUUGGUUUGUUAUUUGAUGGAUUUCUGUUGCACUCCUAGCAAUGAAUAUUACUUCUUGUUGUCUUCUAAACUGAAUUGUGCUGUUAUGAAAAUCAAAAUAUGUUCGUUUGACUGUUACUUUUUA